AUGGAUCAAUUCAGAAGCCAAAUUCCCCCAGUCAGAAAGCUUUUGUUGGAUCGGGCUCCGCUCGACGCCGAUGAGUUCUUAAAAUCUUCAAAGGAUCGAUUUCUCCAAUUAUGUCAAAAGAUUGAUGAAUCGGUGGAAGAGGGCCACUUGAUAUAUUUUGAUGAUGGCGAAGCCGAUGAUCAAUGGCAAAGUAUGCUCGGAGCUUUAAAUGGAAUUGUCCCUGAGAUGAUCGUCUCACGAGGUGGAUACGCUUAUGUUCGAAAUGAACUCACUAGGAGGUUGUGGGACCUCUUGCUCCAGGUGGCUGGUAGUGGUAAACCUAAACCGAUAUUCUCGCCUAUUCACGGCGCCACGAAGCUAGAAGAACUUGUCACGUUUGACAAGAAAGAAGGGGAAGGGGAAAUCCUAGGGCUUAGCGCCGCAGAUUUAGCCAAGCAUAGAGCAUCAAGCUUCGACGCCACAAAGCUCGCGAGAGCAAUUGAAACUACCAAAAAGGAAUUGCGGAAUCGACUUAAAAACAACAAGUUUACUACCAUCGUUGUGAAAUGCGCCCCUACUGGAUUAGCUAAGCUGAUCGAAGAGGCCAACGCUACAGACAAAGUUGCUAUCAUUUGGACUGGCUUUAUGCAUUACGACAAGGAAAACGAACUGUUCAGCCCCAAAUUCAACGUCUUCAGAGAUCCUGAAGCCUCGAUGGCCUUACUAAAUCUCAAUGUGCCAAUAAUCCUCCCGACUCCACGACUUCGCAAUUCUGAAUUGACAGCCAUCAGGGCUAUCGACGUGGCACGCGUUCUCACAAACCCUUCGUUUGACCUUGUACCCGACCAAGGUUUCGCAAGACUUCAUGAGCUAAUUGAACCAAAAGGCCUUAUUGCGAAGUCGCUUACCCAAAAUCAAGAUAAAUUCCGCGAGUCCAGGAUUAAUACGUACCUUGAGAGUAAGGAUGGCCUUCGGCUUGAGAAAUUGAAAGCGCAAAAAGCGAAGGGGCGACUCGGGCAGAAAGAGCAACAGGACUUACAAGACAUUGAAAAAAAAUUCGCAAAGGAUCAAGGACGAAUAUGGUUCGAAGCAGAAGAAAAAAUAAGGAAAGAGAAGCUGGCAGGAAGUAUUAUUCCCCAAGACACCGCGCCCUUAAGAGACUUCUGCCCGAUAGAUCAUUAUGCGCACAUCAUCCUCAAGAAGUUUUUCGCAGAAAAAAGUGUCAAGGAAGUGCUAACCGCCCGUAUCAAGUUGUUCAAAGAAGGUGAUGUCUAUAAGCUCUCAGUUGCCGCGUCCUCGGGAUCCAACUUGUACCUUCCGACUGCCAUCGACUCUAGAUAUCUGAGAGAUGAUAUAGAAGACAGUAUCGCUUGGUUGCUCGAAGGUGAACCGCUGAUCAGAGAGAAGUACCUCGAAAUUCCGCCCGUCGUCAACACAGCAUUAAGAGAGGAUGACGAGGGCGAAAAGUUGAAAGCGGAAAAGGCUCGGAAUCAACAAGCGAUAUCGACGCUCUCUCCGAGGAUACUGGGAUGCGGCGGCGACGAAAAAGAAGGCGUCAACUAA